CUAUGUAGUAAUUAAAAAUAAAACUAUGGCCAAUUUCCCAUUUCAUUUUCUAUGGCAUAUAUUAUAUAUGAUAUAUCUAUCUAUCUAAAUAUACAUGACACUAGGAACAUCACAAGGAAUCCUUUCUUUAUAUUCAUCAAAUUCCAAAUCAUGAUGAAAACUAACUACACAAUGGAGCUUACAUUGCUUGUUGGUCUCAUUUUCAUUCUCUGCAGCAUAAGCCAAAAUACAUCAGUACUUGCUGCAGAGGAUAAUCAAGAAUUUGAUCACAACUUAAUGACAUACAUCGUUCAUGUCAAAAAAUCAGAAAAUAUUGCUUCAUUUCAAUCGGAAGAUUUGCAUAACCAGUACCAUUCAUUCUUCCCACAAAGUUUUGCUCACAAAGAGAGAAUGGUUUUCACUUACCGCAAUGUCGCCUCAGGAUUUGCCGUGAAGUUGACACCAGAAGAAGCCAAAUCUCUUCAAGAGAAAGAUGAAAUUGUGUCAGCAAGACCUGAAAGGACACUUUCAUUACACACAACUCACACUCCAACUUUCUUGGGAUUAAAAAAAGGACAAGGAUUGUGGAGCGAUGGUAACCUCGGAAAAGGUGUAAUAAUUGGACUCAUAGACUCAGGUAUCUACCCUUUUCAUCCAUCAUUCAACGACGAAGGAAUGCCACCGCCACCUUCAAAAUGGAAAGGUCACUGUGAAUUCACUGGAGGAACCACAUGCAACAAUAAGCUCAUAGGUGCAAGAAAUUUAGUCAAAGGCGCAAUUCAAGAGCCUCCAUUUGAAGAUAUCUUCCAUGGAACACACACUUCUGCAGAGGCUGCAGGAAGAUUCGUAGAAGAUGCAAGUGUUUUUGGUAAUGCUAAAGGUGUAGCAGCUGGUAUGGCACCACAUGCUCACAUAGCAAUGUACAAAGUUUGUAAUAACAAACUAGGAUGCCCCGAAAGUGCUAUCUUAGCUGCAAUGGAUAUAGCUAUAGAAGAUGGUGUAGAUGUUCUUUCACUUUCACUUGGUUUAGGGUCUCUUUCAUUUUCUGAAGACCCAAUUGCAAUUGGUGCAUUUGCUGCUACUCGAAAUGGUGUUUUUGUUAGUUGCUCUGCCGCAAAUGCUGGCCCUGGAUACAGCACUCUCUCAAAUGAAGCUCCUUGGAUCCUCACAGUAGGUGCAAGCACAAUUGACAGAAAAAUUGUAGCAUCAGCAAAACUAGGAAAUGGAGAUGAAUUUGAAGGUGAAACAUUAUUCCAACCCAAAGACUUUUCUCAACAAUUAUUGCCACUUGUGUAUGCAGGUUCAAAUGGUAUUUCAAGCCAGAACCAGAAUCAGUCCUUCUGUCUUCCAGAUUCCUUAAAGAACAUUGAUGUAAGAGGCAAAGUAGUGUUGUGUGAUAAAGGUGGAGGUGUUUCAAGUGUUGUCAAAGGACAAGAAGUUCUAAAUUCAGGCGGUGUGGCCAUGAUCCUUGCAAACUCAGAAGCUACUGGAUUCAGUACAUUUGCUAUCGCGCAUGUUCUGCCGGCUGUUGAUGUGAGUUAUGCAGCUGGUUUAAUAAUCAAAGAUUACAUAAACUCAACCUACAAUCCAACCGCAACAGUACUAUUCAAAGGAACCGUAAUCGGUGAUUCACUUGCUCCUUCUGUUGUUUCAUUUUCUUCAAGAGGACCAAGUCAAGAAAGUCCUGGAAUUCUAAAACCAGACAUCAUAGGACCAGGUGUCAACAUUCUAGCUGCUUGGGCUAUUUCUGUAGACAACGAACUCCCACCUUAUAACAUUAUUUCCGGUACUUCAAUGUCUUGUCCUCAUCUUAGUGGUAUUGCUGCAUUGAUUAAAAGCUCUCACCCUGAUUGGUCACCGGCCGCCAUAAAAUCAGCAAUCAUGACAACUGCUAAUACUCUCAACCUUGGUGGGAAUCCUAUAACGGAUCAAAGACAUUUACCUGCUGAUGUUUUCGCUACUGGUGCAGGACAUGUUAAUCCUGUUAAAGCUAAUGAUCCUGGUCUUGUUUAUGAUAUUCAGCCUGAAUAUUAUGUUCCUUAUUUGUGUGGUUUGGGUUAUUCUGAUAAAGAGAUUGAAGUUAUUGUUCAGUGGAAAGUGAAGUGUUCUGAUGUGAAAAGUAUACCAGAAGCACAACUGAACUAUCCGUCUUUUUCGAUUCUGUUAGGGUCGGAAUCGCAGUUUUAUACAAGAACUUUGACUAAUGUUGGACCAGUAAAUGCUACUUAUAGAGUUGAACUUGAAGUGCCUUUGGCUUUAGGUAUGAGUGUUAAUCCUAGUGUGAUAUCAUUUAGUGAGAUUAAUGAGAAGAUUAGUUACUCGGUGGAUUUCUUACCGCAAGUUAAGGAAAAUCGAGGUAACCAUACAUUUGCUCAGGGUUCUCUCACUUGGAUAUCUGAUAAACAUGCUGUUAGGGUACCUAUAUCUGUGAUUUUCAAGUGAUACAUAAAGGGAGAGUGUGAUGAUAUGAUAGUUAUGAUACUCUAGAAAUAAAUAAGGGAAUGGAAUAUAUUGGUUUAGAAAAUUCAAGAGAUGCUAAUUUACUAAGAAGCUCCUUUGUACAAGUUUAUUAGCAAUUCACUUGGCACUUAUAUUUGUUAUUGAAAAAACAUUAUUAUUAUAAUUUUUUUUUUUUUGAAAAGAAACAUUAUUAUUAUUAUAA